GCUGUGGGAGGGCACUGCUGCGGCCAUUAGGCCCACUGCCUCCGAGCGCCUGCCCCGUCCUUCCCUGCCCCUUGAGAGCAGUGUCGACCUAGGCCCGGCCAUGUCCCAGCUGGUGGAGUGCGUCCCCAACUUCUCAGAGGGCAACGACCAGGAGGUGAUCGAGGCCAUCUCCCAAGCCAUCUCGCAGACCCCAGGCUGCGUUCUGCUGGACGUCGACGCGGGCCCCUCCACCAACCGCACCGUCUACACCUUUGUCGGGCAGCCUGAGUGCGUGGUCGAGGGUGCCCUCAACGCUGCCCGCAGGGCCUGGCGGCUCAUUGACAUGAGCAGGCACAGAGGGGAGCACCCCCGCAUGGGCGCUCUGGAUGUCUGCCCCUUCAUCCCAGUGAGGGGCGUCAGCAUGGACCAGUGUGUGCUGUGUGCCCAGGCCUUUGGCCAGCGGCUAGCGGAGGAGCUGAAGGUGCCAGUGUACCUCUAUGGUGAGGCAGCACGGACGGCCAGCCGCAGGACCCUGCCGGCCAUCCGGGCCGGGGAGUACGAGGCCCUCCCUGAGAAGCUCAAGCAGACCGAGUGGGAACCUGACUUCGGCCCCAGUUGUUUUGUCCCCAGCUGGGGGGCCACUGUCACGGGUGCACGGAAGUUCCUCAUCGCGUUCAACGUCAACCUGCUCAGUACCAAGGAGCAGGCCCAUCGCAUCGCACUCAACCUGCGGGAGCAGGGCCGAGGGAAGGACCAGCCGGGACGUCUGAGGAAGGUUCAGGGCAUUGGCUGGUACCUGGAGGAGAAGAACCUGGCUCAGGUGUCGACGAACCUCCUGGACUUUGAGGUCACAGGCCUGCACACGGUCUUUGAGGAGACCUGCAGAGAAGCCCAGGAGCUGAGCCUCCCAGUGGUGGGCUCACAGCUGGUGGGCCUGGUGCCUCUGAAGGCUCUGCUGGACGCGGCCACCUUCUACUGUGACAAGGAGAACCUGUUUGUCCUGGAGGAGGAGCACCGCAUCAGGCUGGUGGUGAACCGGCUGGGCCUGGGCUCUCUGGCGCCCUUCAACCCUUCAGAGAGAAUCAUCGAGUACCUGGUACCAGACCGGCUGGAGAAGAGCCUGCUGGACAUGUCCCUGCGUGCCUUCCUCCGAGAGGUGGGCGCCCGCUCAGCCACCCCUGGGGGUGGCUCGGUGGCAGCAGCCUCUGCAGCCAUGGGUGCAGCGCUGGCCUCCAUGGUGGGCCAGAUGACCUACGGGCGGCGCCAGUUUGAGCAUCUGGAUGCAGCGAUGCGGCGCCUGCUCCCGCCCUUCCAUGCAGCCUUGGCCCAGCUGACUGCACUGGUGGACACGGACGCCCAGGCCUUUGCCACCUACCUGGAGGCAAUGAAGCUGCCCAGGAGCACUCCUGAGGAGAAGGACAGGCGUGCGGCUGCCCUGCAGCAGGGCCUGAGGGGUGCGGUCGCCGUGCCACUGUCGCUGGCAGAGACUGUGUCGCCGCUGUGGCCGGCACUGCGGGAGCUGGCCCUGUGUGGGAACCUGGCCUGCCAGUCUGACCUGCAGCAGGUGGCCGCCAAAGCCUUGGAGACGGGUGUGUUUGGCGCGUACUUCAACGUGCUCAUCAACCUCAAGGACGUGAAGGACCAGGUGUUUAAGGACCAGGUCCGCCAGCGCAUCUCCAGCCUCCUGCAGGAAGCCAAGGCCCAGGCUGCGCUGGUGCUGAGCAGCCUGGAGGCUCGGCAGGAGUGACAGCUGAGGGGAGUGACGUGGCGGGAGACCCCUGGACAGCACGGCCUCCAGCAGCCCUGGCCUUCCCGAGGACCCCGGCUGCUCAGGACAGGGCUCCACACGGCUCAUCCAUGGGGGGCAGGAAGCAGGGGCGGGUGAGCAGUAGGUCAGGGUGUGAGGCAGGCCUGGCCCAGGUCUCCUGUGACCGAGCCUCUCACACUCGGUCACCUGUGGCCUCCAAUAAAGUCUGAGCUCCAAA